AUGUUUUUCGGGCGGCAUAUUUUUUCCGUCCCCACCCCUUUCCCCUUUCUUUCCCCUUUCGGGGUUUUUAGGGGUUUCAAAACCCCAGCCCCCCUGUGUGUGGGGUUGGUUUCCAUUUUUCCGACCCGAAUUUUACGAAGCCAACAGCCCCCCUUCCCUAACCACCACCAGAUUUUUUUCCGGAAACCCCAGGGGUUUUUGGGACCCCGGAAGGGUUUUUUUUCCCCUUUUUUCCUUUCCCCCCGGUCUAAUUCCUUUACUAAAAGGGGCCACUUCUUAACCCCGAGGGAAAAAAAGGACCCAUUUCCCAAUCGUACACCGACUUCCCCCUUUUCCCCCCGGGUUUUAGGGCAAACCGAAAAAGGGGAAAAAAUUUCCCCCCCUCACGGAACCGGCCUUUUAAAAACCCGGCGCGAAAUUCCCCAAAAACGCCAUCCACGGGCCCAAAUUUUUGGGGAGACCGAAGAAACGCGAGGGGGCCCCUUCCCGGCAAUUCGCCGACACCGGGUUUCUUCUUUUUUCUUUCCCCCUGUACGUCAUUCAAACGAUGGGGCCCCCGGGAUUCCAGUCCCCCACCCCGGGGGGUUAAUGCUUUUUUCUUAA